AAACGCAGGUAAGUUGACCGGGUAGAGACCUGAUAACUCUCAAUGUUUACACACUUAGCACUCAGGGCAUUAGUUGCAUGCCCUUGGUGUGCAUGGUUGUUUUGUAAUGGUGUGCUGUGGGUGAAUAAAACACAGAGAGAGCUCAUCGUUGAAAGGUUAUUUCCCAAACUGGUAUAUCUUUUUGUGUUCAAUAGAGGUAGAAACACUAGCUCUUAAGUUGAGAACACACUGAGUUAUUUAAUUAUAAGAGUGUUGGACUGCUUUAGAGCUUUAAAGUCGAUUAAUUAGACACAAACAAUUUGCGUAAAUAAAACAAUGUAUGUUCAGCUGUAAGGGAUCAUUUUACAAAUACACAUGUGGACGCUAUUUAAGUAUGAUUUUUUUGUCUUUGAUCCCCGUAAAUUUAAGCUUUAUUUUGAUUAGAAUUGAUUCAUAAAACGGGAAAUAAAUACAGGUUUUUAAAGCCUUAUCGAAGACCAAUUCUUUAUAUGAUCAUUAGAUUCUUGCUUUAAUUUUAAUAGUUUAAAAUCAUUUAUUUGAUCAAAACUUUAUGUUUAAUUCAUAUCAAAUAUUAUUUAAAUUUCACCCUUCUGUGUCAUAGUCCACUAUCAUUAUGUUUUCUUUUUUAUUUUUAAAUUUAACUCAACAGAUGGACUUAAGUCUGAUACAGAACGCUAAUUUAUGGAUCUUUUUUUGUCCUAGGAAAAAUGGGGCUUUUCACAGAAAACAAUAGUAGAGGGAAAAGUUUUCGUCGAAAAAUGACGUAACUACUUGAACUUGUCGUGUGAUCAAUGCCACGUGGUGCGAUUGCUCAACCAAUGGAGGCUCGCUAUGACGAUUCGACUCGCUAGGACAUGGGGUCGCUUAAAACACGACUAGAAAACUGAGAGUUGUCCGCAAAUAUCAUAGACAGCAAAGAUGGGCAGCCUUUCGGAUUGGUGCGUCCGCUCGUGCGCACACCUGAACAGCCUGCCGGCGGCCGUCAUGUGCAUCAGCUUGUUCGGCGUGCAGGCCGGGGUGAUGGAUUACUACCUGGUGUCUCACCUGUCAAUAACGUAUCACUGGUGGCUGCUCGCCGAUGCCUUCAACCUCGCCCUGCUCAUCGCCAGCAUCAUCUACUCCGGCAACGCCAUAGAGCGGCAGAGGAACAGCCAGCGAGGCAAGGAUAUCCCCCACAGCAUCUCUUGGCUGUCGUGGCUCCUCAUGAGCAUCAGCUCCUCCGUCAAGAUCGUUCUCGUGAUCAAGCUGAACGCCAUGGAGCUGGAGAAGGAUCCUUCAUUUUUCGGGCCCAACACGUUCAAGACGGCGAUAGCCCUAGCGAGCUGCAUAUUUCUCUUUCUGCUGAACACGCAGCACGACUCGCCCUUCGGUAGCGAGCGGCGCGAGUACAUCUCGGAUCUGACCGGAACGGUGGUGUUCGACAUCCUGGACACGGUGGACAUCCUGGAGGUCUGCUUCACCCCCGACGACCGCGACUCUCUGUGGGACGGGCUUGAGGAGUUCAUCCUCGCCCAGGCGUCACUCAACAUCAUCCUGCCGACCGUCCCCCUGCUGACCUUAAGCCGGACCCAGUUCGGACGCGACGGGCUCACCCGGCCGAUGAUCUGUCUCCAUCGCCUGCUGGUCGUGCUCGUGGUGAACGUGCCGAAUUUGAUAACGAGGCUGAUCCUGUGGCACGGGGUUAGUGUCGGGAUCUCACCAUUUUUUUUAAAGAACGUGAUCGUCAUUGGCAUGACGCUCUACGAAUUUUACGAACACAAGCGAGACAAAGUGGAGGGGCACAGGAAAGAGGAGCUAGAACUCAGAGACAGCCCCCGUGACGUCCACGGCGAGUUUGUCGCCGCCGCUGAAAAUAAUGUGAAUAUCGCAGACGGGGAGGCAUUUCCUGGAGGCGGCGGUUCUAGUAGGAAAUGGAGCAGGAUCAAGUCAACGGGCGAGCUUUCUUCGACAGUUUCAGAAUGAGCAGCUGACAACAAGGCGCACAAAACAAUCUCGGACGAUUUAUCGAUGAGCAAUGUUUGAAUACAAGAGAUUUGUGCUGUUUGUUUUUGUUAAUAUAUAUUUUAGUGUUGUUAAUUUACCCGGUGACAUAGCUAAUGUGUGCAUAACUGAUGAUUCUAAUUGCCA